GUGUCAACAUGUACCAUCAUUUUUGUGACUUUGUGAAUCUUUACAUCACUCAGCAUGUUACCAACACCUUCAGCACUGAUAUCAACAUUGUAAUGUGGGAUACUAGUACAUAUGGAUAUGGAGAUUUGUUCAGUGAAACAUGGAAAGCAUUUACAGACUAUGAAAUAAUACAUUUGAAAUCGUAUGAUUCAAAAAGGGUCUGCUUCAAAGAAGCAGUUUUUACCCUAUUGCCUCGAAUGAGGUUUGGCUUGUUUUAUAAUACACCAUUGAUCUCCGGCUGUCACGGGACAGGAUUAUUCCGAGCCUUUUCUCAACACGUGUUGCACAGAUUAAAUAUCACCCAAGAUGGCCCUAAGUUAACGGCUGUUAUUUUUGUCAGUUUUUACAGGGAGCUCGAAUUUAAGGAGCAGCUGAAGAUAACCCACAAUUCUGAUAUCUUCAUUGGCAUGCAUGGAGCAGGCCUUACUCAUCUUCUCUUUUUGCCAGAUUGGGCUGUCAUCUUUGAACUGUACAAUUGUAAAGAUGAACGUUGCUACUUAGACCUUGCAAGGCUGAGAGGAAUCCAUUACAUCACCUGGCAGCAGAAGGAUAAAGUGUUCCCUCAGGAUGAGGGGCAUCACCCGACAUUAGGAAAACAUCCAAAAUUUACAAAUUACGCCUUCGAUGUGGAAGAAUUUGUCCGUCUGGUUCUGUUGGCAGCUGAUCAUGUGUCACAACACUCCAAAUGGCCAUUUAGGAGAAAACAUGAUGAAUUCUAGGUCAGAUAAUUGGCCUCCUCUGCAGAGUUUUUAAAUACUAAAGUGUUCAGAAUGUCGGUUCUUUUGAAGUAGAAUCACGAAUUAUGAACUUGUUUGAAGAGGGAGAAGUGAAAAGGGUUAAAUGGGCAGGAGUCAUAUAUAAUGUCUCUCUCCAAGCAUGUUAUUUCUGCAUUAUUACUUUCUUACUGACAAUCCCCGUCCUAAUUUACUUGAGGAAUUUGCAUUAUGCAUGAUCUAUUUAUUAAGGUGAACAUGUUUGCACUAUAAUAUUCCUAUUUAUUUUAGGAUUGUCAUUGCUCCAGAGCAGUGAAGUGAAAGAUAAGCACACUGGACCUUUUCCUCGCUUGCUUCUUUUUGUGACAUGUAGCAAGACCUUUGCAGCCUUGUAUCUCCCUCCUUCCCUCCUUCCCUCCCUCCUUCCCUCCCUCCCUCCCUCAGCACUGACAGUGAUCUGGAAAUGAAAAUCCAGCUGAGGUCCAAUGUGUGGACAUGUGUAAUGGAAAAGCUAAGAAAUCAGGUUGAUAAUGCAACUUAUGUGUGACUUGCUAAAAUGUUACACUUUUUUAAAAGCAGCAAAUCACAGCUGAGGGAAGGGGAUUUUGGCAUGAAAUUCACAGAGGGCCUCAGUCCUAAUCAGCAGUUCAAUCCUGAUCUGUCACUCUGACUUCAUUUUUAAUUAAAAGAGAAGUAUCUCUCUGAAAUAUGCUUAAUCAUGGUUUUGUUUCUAUUGCCAAAUGCAUUUCACAUUUAGGACUGUCAUUAUACAGGGAAUCCCUGGUUAAUGGCCAUUUAUUUAGCAAGUUAUGAUAGUGCUCAAGACCCCAUGGUCCUGUGAUCCUGAUUCAAGCACUUGGCAACUGGCUUGCAGUUACAAUGGUUGCAGCAUCCUGGGGUCACAUAGCCAUUAUUUGCAGCUCCCGCUGCUAGCUUCCAACAAGCAAAGGCAAUGGGGAAGACAGCAGGAGGUUGCAAAUGGCAAUCACAUGACAUAACAUAACGCAAGGUUCUUCUAAUGGCAGCUAGAGCUGCUGGAACUGUUGUCAUAAAUCAGUGUAGUCAUUGUCACUUAGUGACGAAGUUAUUGCUCCCAAUUGCCAUUGUUAACUGAGGACUACCUGCAGAUUUAGUUUUACUCAUUAAUGAUUCCUCUGUUUGCUUUCUGUGGGUGUCCAUGUUACACAUGGGAUGGCAGGUGUAGGGAUGAAAUAUUUUAAGUUGUUACUGUAGCAGUUUUCUUCAUGGGAUUUUACUGUGUUUAUCUUAGCAAUUUACCCUUGUCUUAAGUAUCACUUUGUUUAUUUUUCUUACUUGGACAAAAUUGUCACCCAUUUUAAUCUCCUUGAUUUAUCUUGCUAAACAUGCUACAGUCAUUCUAACCUUGUCUAACCCUCAACUUUGUGUACAUCCUAUUUAGACUUCUGUUACCGUUGUUUUAAACAACUGCCUAAAUGGUUCAGUUGUGGGUGGGGGAGAGGGAGAAUAUAUACAAUUGAAUAGUAUUUCCUAAAUAAUUUUCUAUCAAUAUACAUCAGGACUGUCAAACUUGCAGGCCGGAUGCAUCACAUGCUGGCCAUGCCCAUGCCCGGUUUAAUGAAGGGGGGGGGAGUCCCUAUACGUCACGUGACGCCACGGUGACGCAGCGAGUUUGACACUCCGGAUGUACAUCAUUGUCUAUUUUUCAUAUAAUUGUGGAGAUCACCUAGAGGAGAUCACCCCUGACUGCUCUUUAGAAGGCUACAUCCUGAAGAUGAAAGUCAAGUACUUUGGCCACCUAAUGAGAA